AUGGGAAAAAGCCUUCUCGGACUGGCGCUCAGCUCAGUCACUGGCCUUGGCCAAGUGCUGCCUCUUGAGCUCAACGCCCCUGGUCAGACGAGCAAGACUGGAAUAUACCAUGUUCCGCUUUCGAUGACUGAUUGCAUCCGUAGGGGCCCGGGAGACUUGAUAUGGGAUAUUGCCAACGCGGUCAACGCUGAUAGAUCGCGCAAGUAUCAACUUGAUAUCAAGCUCGACACUCUCUUAGGUUUCUCUCUUCUGAAGCUCGAUGAUUUAAGACUAAAAGCUGAGCUUGACUCGUUCAAGAUCCCCGUUGUUGUUGGCUUCCCACGUGUUGGCGCCAACAUGCAGGACCGGCACGAAGCAACCAUGAUCGUUCGCGGUAUCCAGGGCCUCUGGGUGAUUGAUGCAAGUGUCUCCCCCAAGAUCCCGGUGAUUGACAUUGCCUUGCCUUUGUACGUGGUGUCCGAGAAAGCCAGCGACGUCAUAAUCCAGGAGGCCAAGGAUUCCUUGGCUUGA